CGGGAUUAGCAAAACAGUUCAGAGAUGCGGAUAUCUCUUUGGUCACCUCUGAAUACAGUCGCUGUUAGCUCCUUCCAUCCGUUGGAUAGUGUUGCUCUACUGUACGAGCUCUGAUAGUUAUUUCGGCCUGUUAGUUGAGAAUUUUAACAUCCCUGGUUUUCAAUGGAGCUGGAAAACGGACUCGCCUGAGCUAGCUAGCGUCUCAGAAGGCUCGACGACAUAAUAGACGGUGCCGCUGCUGAGAACGCGGUGUGCUCGUCCUGACAGAUCAACCCAGGUGUCACCCAAUAUACUACCACUAUUUUUCGGAGAGUAUCUUCGAUCCGUCGUAUCUUUCACUGUUGCUUUCGUUGUGUAAUGACCUGCUUUCAUCGUGAAAUGUAGCAGCAUAUAGCGGCUUGGCCGGUCCCCAGUGUCUCCGCAGCGUUAGCAGAGCACUGCUCUCACUGCGCUGGCUAAAAAUACCACUUUAAGGUUCCCCUUCUCACUGCGCCUCCAAAAGUGCUGGACUAGUCCCCGUUGGACUUGUCUUUUCUGGUCACCUUGCUCGGAGUUUGCCACUCUACAUGGUCUCUACAGUGAAUUUGAGACGACUGGAAGAGCGAGUCGGACCCAGAGGUUGUGAGCCGAGCUGGUCUGAUCUAACAUUAAAUCGUACCAGCUGCUGGGCUUCGGUUUUCCAAGGGAACGACACUCGGCUUUGGUUGAUCUGUAGCCGAGGAUCAUUCUGCCCCGAUGGCCUUUUCCUGUCAGAAUUAGCAGUAUAGCUUGGUGCAGCCCAGGUACCAAAACUUUGUAAGGGUCAGAGACAAACGCUUCGUUUCCACUGUGUACAGUCUGAGUUUGGGGAGGCAGACUUCAUCUGUCCGAAGUACAACACCAUGUCGGAGGAUAACAACGCAGACAAAUUCAUCAAGGAGACAUCAAUUCUGGAUGAGUACAACAUAAACUGGACACAGAAACUGGGAGCUGGCAUCAGUGGACCUGUCAGAGUUUGUGUGAAGAAGUCAACUCAGGAACGCCUGGCCCUGAAGAUCCUUAUUGAUCGCCCCAAGGCCAGAAAUGAGGUGCGUCUUCAUAUGAUGUGUGCCAAUCACCCAAACAUAGUGCAAAUCCUGGAAGUUUAUGCCAACAGUGUUCAGUUCCCUCAUGAAUCCAGCCCAAGAGCGAGGCUCCUGAUCGUUAUGGAAAUGAUGGAGGGUGGCGAGCUGUUCCACAGAAUCAGUCAGCACAGGCACUUUACUGAAAAGAUGGCCAGUCAGGUCACCAAACAGAUCAGCCAAGCAUUGCAGCAUUGUCACUCUCUAAAUAUUGCACAUCGUGACCUGAAGCCAGAGAACCUUCUCUUCAAAGAUAACUCUCUGGAUGCACCUGUGAAGUUGUGUGACUUUGGCUUUGCCAAAAUAGACCAAGGAGACUUGAUGACCCCUCAGUUUACUCCUUACUACGUAGCACCUCAGGUUCUUGAGGCUCAAAGAAGACACCAGAAGGAAAAGUCUGGAAUUAUACCUACCUCACCCACUCCUUACACCUAUAACAAGAGCUGUGACUUGUGGUCUCUUGGUGUGAUUAUCUAUGUAAUGCUGUGCGGCUACCCUCCGUUCUACUCCAAGCAUCACAGUCGCACCAUCCCAAAGGACAUGAGGAAGAAGAUUAUGACAGGCAGCUUUGACUUUCCCGAAGAUGAGUGGAGUCAGAUCUCCGAGAUGGCCAAGGACAUUGUACGCAAACUGCUGAAGGUGAAGCCAGAGGAGAGGCUGACAAUUGAGGGAGUCUUGGCUCAUCCUUGGCUCAACUGCACUGAGGCCCUUGACAACGUGCUGCCUUCCGCACAGAUGAUGAUGGACAAAGCGGUAGUUGCAGGGAUCCAGCAGGCCCACGCUGAGCAGCUGGCCAACAUGAGAAUUCAGGAUCUGAACGUCAGCCUGAAGCCCCUAAACUCCGUCAACAACCCGAUCCUCAGGAAGCGGAAACUGCUAGGCCCCAAGCCCAGCGACAGUUUCUUCAUUCAUGACCCAGAAAACGGAGGGGAAGACUCCAACGUAGCGCUGGAAAAAUUACGAGAUGUCAUUGCACAGUGUAUACUACCACAAGCUGGAGAGAAUGAGGAUGAGAAGCUGAAUGAGGUGAUGUAUGAAGCCUGGAGGUUCAACAGAGACUGUAAGCUGCUGAGGGAUGGCCUGCAGGGGCUCAGUUGGGAUGGACGAGCCUUCUCCGAUAAAGUCGACCGCUUGAAGUUGGCUGAAAUUGUGAAACAGGCCAUUGAAGAGAAGACGAAUCUCCAAGAAUCUCAUUAGCAGAUGCUGUCUUUCUAUCUUCUUUUUAUAUUGUUUGUUAUUACCCUUUUUAACUCAUAUCUGUAAAGAGACUUUUUUUUAAAUGUAUAAAAAAAUGGCUAAUUUUGUUUUUCAGAAAUUCACUUGCAAGACCUAUUGAUGACCUACUGCAAGAGCUAUUGUACAGCUGUAGAUAUAUUUCAAAGAGGACUCAUUGGUACUAUAAUUUUUUUUUUUAAUGGAUUCUUGCAAAGUACAUGGGGAGAAAAAAAAUGACUAUAUUUUCAUUUUUGCAAAAAAAAAAAAGCAAAACAAAAAAAAAAAGGAGAAAAUCUGUGAAAGAAAUUAUUUUCUGGGAGGGAAUUUUUAUUAGCUGCUUGUCCAGCUUAUCCAAGAUGUCAUGUGUUUUAUCCCAGUUAUUUCAUUUAAUUUUAUCAUAUUUUAUUUUAACCUUCCUAAGAAAUGUAUUUAUUUAAACAAAGUUCCAUUAUUUUAUACCUUACUCGUGGCUUGAUAGUGGGGCCCUAAAAGUUGAGAGAAGCUGUCUACAGUGGGAAUUUGUUCUUCCACACAUGUUCAGAAUCUUACAUUAGAGAUAAAUUAUAUAAACCUUUGUUUUUAUUUUUAUUUUUUUGUUGUUGUUUCGUGCAUCUUUUUCUCAACCUUCUUGUUGUUUAGAGGUCAGUGAAGAAGUGUCAUAAAACAGAAAAAUGCAGCCUCAAAUUUGCUCAUUUUUUCACAGCCUCAGCUAGAUUAAUGUACGUUACACAAUCUCUUCUUUCAGCUCAUACCAACAAACUGAUGACUCUCAGCCUCUGAAGUCUGUGGCUUUUUAUAUUUCUGCCCAGUUCUGACAGUUUUGAUGGAAGUCCAGUGUUUAUUUGAAGUUGUUUAUCUGUGUAACUGACGCAGUCUCAGCUGCUCUGACGUAACGGUUGUAUCUGCUGGAAUUUAGACCUGCAUAGUUAAUAUUUGAACUCUUUCCUAGUAGUAAGCCCUGGUGUUUUUGGUCCAGUGUGGUCUUGUAUGCCCAGAUCAGAUCAGAUCAGGGAGAAGGACUGUUAGAAUUUCAGUGUCAUAACUUGAUGUUCAGCUGAAUGUGCAAUAGGGGGAAUAAUGUGAUCGUGUAUUAAUUUCCCAUGCAUGUACAUAGUGAGACCAUAUGUAUCUAAUGUGUCAGUAUUACUGUUUAACAGAGGCCUUCUCUACUCCAUUUCAGUGGUUUGAAUACCCAGAAAUGUUCCCUACCCUUCAUUCAUCCUCACCCUUUCGAUCUAAUUAAUAUCAUAUCAUUGACUGGCCAGAGUGAAAUCUUCACUAACCUGUUUUACUCUAGUGGUCUGCUCAUAUCUAACAAUAAUAUCUUUAAAGAGGUGUUUGAAAAAAAGGAUUCCUCUCAAGGUGUUUGAAUGGGGCCACACUGAGUCUGCUGAACAGCUAAAAAUGCACAUUUUCUUUGUUUAGAUUAUUUCUGAACUCAUUCUGUUUGUUUUUUAAAAAAAAAACAAACUCAUCUGUCUUGAAAUUCUCUAUUUGAAGUUUUUUUUUGUUUUUUUUUUAACAGAACUUUUUUGUGAACAUAAAUUCCUGUUGAGAUUACUGCAUUCACUAUAUUAUCUUCUUCAAAAAAGUGUUUCUUCUGAGUAAUUUGCAAACACUGGUGCAAUAUAUCGUCGCUGUCCAGCGUAUCUGUGCUCUGAUUUUUUUUUUUUUGCUGUCGUCAGAUUGCAUUAUCAUAAAAAAAAUGCAUCAUUUCAGUCUGUUUUUUUUUUUUUUUGCAAUCAUCUUCAUAUAUUUGUAAGCUGGUAUUUUUCCACACCAUUCAAAACUGACAUGAAGAAAAAGUGGAAGUCUUCCUUUUUAUGUCUGCAUUUCUAAUUUAGGUAAAGUUGGCCUUUGAGGUCAUUUUCACUGUUUCUUCGUUCCCCUUAAAGCUUAAUGAUAACCACAGCUUGUGUUUAAAAAGGCCUUAUUUUAAGUUUUACUCUCAAAUGUGCCUUGUUUGAAAGGGCGGCAUCUCCAUCCUUUACUUACAUAGAAAUAAAUCACAGGAAUUAGGAGAAACUUCUGGCUGGCUUAAUUUCAUAUGAAGAUGUGAAGGUUAUGGAUGUGUAUUUGGAAACAUUUGUUGAAAUUAAAGUAGCACCAUAUUUAGUAUAAAAAAAAAAAGUGUCCUUUUAAAACAAUUUAUUUUGGUUUUUUUUUAAUACAACUAAAAGAUUAGAGUAGCUGGACAGUUUGUACAGUAGUACAGUGCUCCACUGGCUAUGUUUACAAAGCAACAAAUUCUGCUCACGGACACCUCUAUAAUUAAAAUGCAUCUUGUAUCUGAGCUGUAUUAAAAAUAAAAGUUUAAAAACUGAAUUUCGCCUUUCCAUAGGGGAUUAAUUUUAAGCGUUGUAGACCAUUUGUGUAAUGAAUACGCUCAGCUGGUCUCUUGCAGUGGUCUGAACCACACAAAUGUCACUGAAAAUGGGGAACUGUGUGUUUGUCCAUUUUAAAACAAGGGUGUCAAACUUAUUUUAGCUCAUAAAUGACAUACAGCUCAGGCGGUCCAGAUAAUUGUCCCCCUUUCUUUUAGUAUAGAGAGGUUUCAGUACAUUCACGAAAUGGUUACAGUUAAUGAUCUAUUUAUGGAACUGAUGAUGCACAGACUGAGAUGUCUUUAAGAAAAACGACACGUCUGUUUUUCCACAUUCAGGCUGGUGAUGAUUCAGAUAUAUGAUAAUACUUUUGUAGCUAGUUACUCUGAACAGCUUGUUUACUGGUGCAAAACAAAGUGAAAAGCCUAAAAUUGAUUUCUCCUUUGCAAAUUUAACACUGCAAAGUUUUGUAGUGGGGCUGAUUGGACUCUGGCAGGGGACCAUGUGUUUGACACCCCUGCUUUAAAAAAAGG